CAAUGCUAUAUUGGCUUACCUACGUCGCCAUGGCUAAACUACGGAUUCAGUUUCACUCAGCUCUAUUUCAUCUAUAAGAGGUCUAACAUCCUCAUCAACAAGAAUACGAUGCUGGCACGUUUCGGCCUCAUGCACCUGCUAGCGACCAACCUGUGCGUGUGGGUACGAACGAUAGCGUACGAGGCCGUGGAGACAUCCGUCACAAAUACGACCUGGGACCACGCGAGCCCCAUAAUCAACGCUUAUUUCAAAGAGCAAAGUUGGAAUUACACAAUAGAGCAAACUGCGUCUCAACAGAACAAUGAAUGGACCGAUGAUUGCAAUGUUACCUCGUCCAUUCUGGAGCUCGAGAGACAGAUCGCUCCGUAUCUCUACCCGCUCACUAUUGAAUACUGCUUGAUUUCUGCAGGAAUAAUGUACAUGAUAUGGAGUAACAUCAGCAAGAUGGAGCUCGCUGGCACGCACAUCGGAGCGAGCGUGUAUCUCGCACGACGAAGGCGCCACGCUCACGAAACCCGCUCUCCGCGGCCAGAUCCAGCAACGACUGCCACGGCGACGACGACAAGGGCCUCUUCUUCCGGCAUCUUCCGGGGAUCAGCACUCGAGGGUCUACAUGUGAAAAUCCGAGAUUAUGCCUACAAGGGGGAUCAGCACAUCGAGGUUCCUACAUGUAAAAACCCGAGAUUAUGUUACAAGGGAGAUCAGCACUUGGAAGGUCUUUCUGUGCGACCUUUAGAUGAUGCCUACGAGGAGCAUCAGCACUGA